AUGGAACCAGAAAAGAGUAGAACAACAAAAAUACCAAAAAGCGAGCGCUAGUUUUCAAAAUUGGGUUUUCGUUCCUAAAUAACAAUGCCCUCCAAAAGUUUAUAGCGAUAAAGUUGUUCAGUACAGCAGCUUCGCUAACUUUCCCAACUCAUCUUCUCCACCGUCCCAUAAUAAACCCUAGAAAAGCCUGUUAUACUCUGACCGUACAAAUGUCUUGGGCAUGCAAAAAAUGCACCUUUGUCAACCCCCCAACCCCAUCUCAAAAACCCACAUGCCAAAUCUGCUCAUCACCAUCAUCAUCAUCACCACCCCCAUCACCAGCAUCUUCUUCUAUUCCAAAAUGGUCAUGCAAGGCCUGCACUUUCUUGAACGCUUACAAGAACUCUAACUGUGAAGUCUGUGACACCAGGGCUUCAAUCUCGUCCCUCUCGAGUUUUGAGGAUUUGACCGAUACGGGGCUUGAUGGUGGAGACCUCGAUUCUUCGGUAGGCUCUGUUUUCUUGCCCCUGCAGCGUUGCAAGAGGAAGAGGGUUGAAGACCCAGUUGAGGUUAAUCAGGGUUCUUCCAGUUUCAAUGUGGUUCGAGAGGUCAAGGCAUCCGAUAAGUUGACGACUGUAUCGGGUUCUUCCAGUUUCAAUGUGUCUGGAGGGGUGCCCGAUAAGGGAAUGAAUGUGUCGGAGGGAACUAGUUUUGGGUCUUCUGGUGUGGGUUUGACGACAUUGAAAAUUCUUAGUUACAAUGUCUGGUUCCGAGAAGAUCUAGAAGUGCACAAGAGAAUGAAAGCUCUUGGUGACCUUAUCCAACAGCACUGCCCAGAUCUCAUUUGCUUUCAGGAGGUCACCCCAAAUAUAUAUGACAUCUUUCGGCAAUCUAGCUGGUGGAAAAUGUAUCAAAGCUCAGUUUCGAACCAGAUGGCAGAUUCAAGACCAUACUUUUGCAUGCAGUUAAGCAAAUUGGGAGUGAAGUCCUUCAGCUGUAAGCCCUUUGGAUACUCUGCAAUGGGGAGAGAACUUUGUGUUGCUGAAGUUGAAGUCCUGGGGGACAAACAUUUGGUUGUUGCCACUAGCCAUCUCGAAAGUCCUUGCCCCGGCCCUCCAAACUGGGAUCAGAUGUACAGUAAAGAACGUGUAGAUCAGGCAAAGGAGGCCCUCAACCUUUUAAACAAGAACCAAAAUGUGAUUUUUUGUGGUGACAUGAACUGGGAUAACAAGUUGGAUGGUCAAUUUCCUUUACCCAACAAAUGGAUUGACGCUUGGGAAGAGUUAAGACCAGAGGAAAAUGGAUGGACAUAUGAUACCAAGUCCAACAUGAUGUUGUCUGGCAACCGGAAACUGCAGAAGCGACUAGAUCGAUUUUUGUGUAGUCUGCAUCAUUUUAGAGUGAGUAAAAUUGAAAUGAUUGGGAUGGAUGCAAUACCAGGUCUAUCUUAUAUUAAGGAAAAAAAAGUGAGGACGGAGAUCAAGAAGCUGGAGCUCCCUGUUUUGCCUAGCGAUCACUACGGCUUGCUUUUGACAAUCUGUAGCCAGUGAUGUCAGUUUGGUGACAUAAAUGAUAGAAUUUAUCGUGUGCUCACCGACCUUUCUCUUGUGGCCGACUGGCAAUCCUGCCAUGCAUGCCUUGCAUGGUAUUUUGAGUAUAGAUUGCAUAUGAAUAUGAUAUGGAAGUUGGAUUGUUGCAUUUACAUUUUGUAUGAAGUUUCAUGGAUGAAAUCGUUCACUUAAAAUGCAACUCCCAAA